CUGAACCCACACUAUCAGCAGAUGAGCCAUGAUGGAGUUUGUUCACGUUGCUGUAGCUGUGCUCGGUCUUCUGUCUCUUGGACACUCAGCUCCUGUGACAAGCUGUGAGAAUCUAAUCCAGCCUCGUGAAAUCCACGGAAAUCAGCUGGUGGGAAAAUGGACACAAAUAGCAGAGAGCACAGGCAUACCUGGAUCCAAAAUGCUGACGAAGAUGCUUGUGGAGACCGCCUGGAUGAACAUCACUGCUGCCAAUGAGGCUAAUACGUUCAAUAAUCUUCAUAUUCAAAAAAUGAUGGGCAUGUGCUUCACAUUGAAAACCAACAUGACUUUGGUUAACAACACUUUCAAUAUGGUGCACAAUUACCAAUAUUCUGCUUUCCUGCUGAAUACUGGCUGCCCUGACUGCCUUGUUAUCUACUCAAAUAACACCGUUGGAAGAACCACAGUUAAAGAUCUCCAGCUCCUGAGUAGGAGAGUUAAAGUGUCUGCUGCUGAGUUGGAAGAGUUUACAAAGCAGGCAGAGUGUCUGAACCUAGAAUCCCCUGCUAUCUUGGAUUCAGAAAAGGGGUUUUGCCCAGAUCCAGCACUCACCCCAGGAACAAAGACUAUUGAUCUGUCCUUGAGCAACAUAAUGCCUGAUGAUCUCAACCUAUCGGAGAAGCUUUUCACUGAGAGUGGAAUGAAGACCAUUUUGGAAAUGGUCCAAACUAGUGUGGAUCUAUUCAAGGAAGACUGACGUGGUCAUAAAUGUCACUAAGUGUUGAUGAAGAAGCCAUGUCUGUCAAGAGCAUUACCACUAAAAUUAAACAUGCUAAAAACAUA